CACAACCAACUCUUCUUAUAAAUUUAAUUCCUCUUCACUGUCCUAUACAAAGCAAUGGCGCUCUCCUUCGUUUCCUUUGUUUUCGCUUUCUCAGCUUUAUUCUCACUCUUUAUAAACCCCGGUGCAUGCUUCAAUCGUAAGCUCUUUGACUAUUCAUCUGCUGCGGCGUCCUCUGGCUGGUCUACGGGAGGAGCGACGUGGUAUGGGAGCUCUAAUGGCGCCGGAAGUGACGGUGGUGCUUGCGGGUAUCAAAACGCAGUGGAUCAGCCUCCGUUCUCUUCCAUGAUCGCAGCUGGGAGCCCUUCUAUAUACAACUCGGGCAAGGGCUGCGGGGCAUGUUACCAGGUGAAGUGCACUGCAAAUUCCACGUGCUCUGGUAAUCCGGUGACUGUCGUGAUCACCGACGAAUGCCCAGGUGGACCAUGCCUAGCUGAGCCCGUCCACUUCGACAUGAGCGGGACUGCAUUCGGAGCCAUGGCUCUUUCCGGCAAAGCCGAUCAGCUCCGCAAUGUCGGAGUACUGCAAAUACAGUACACUCGCGUGCAGUGCAACUUCCCAGGCGUCGACAUCACCUUCCGCGUCGACUCGGGCUCGAACUCGAACUACUUUGCCGUCCUGAUCGUGUACGUAGGCGGAGAUGGUGAUCUCCAGGCCGUCGAUUUGAUGCAAGGAGGAUCGAGCACGUGGGAAUCGAUGGAACAUUCAUGGGGCGCGGUGUGGAUGCUGAACCCGGGCUCCACGCUACAAGCUCCGUUCUCGAUCCGGCUCACAUCGGGAACAUCCGGGAAAGUGCUUGUGGCUAACAACGUGAUUCCGGUCGGGUGGCAGCCCGGGGCGACGUAUCGGUCGGUGGUGAACUAUAGCAGCUAAGUGAUCGAAUGCUUGUUCGGAGAAUGGAUCAGUACGUGUCAAAGUUGAAAAUGUAUUAAUUAUGGUGUGUGAGAGAAUGUUAUAUAUUGUGGUAACUAAGGGGAGUAUCAGGGGUCUGAUUAUAUUUAUGUAUGACCCUAGAUGCUAAGUGUGGUGUAAUAUGAUUUCUAUAUAUAUAUAAUAAAAAGACGGCGCGGAAAGAGUAGGAGGCGUUAAGUUCUCCCCUCCGUUGUCGAUUAUGUGUGUUAA